AUGUCCGAUUUUGCAACUAAAGAGGAGAUCAAGGCCAUAUUUGCCAAGCUUCAGAAGCAUCCUGCAAAUAAACAGUGUUUUGACUGUGCAACAAAAAACCCUACAUGGACCUCGAUUCCCUUCGGAAUAUUUGUCUGUCUACAAUGUAGCGCAAACCACAGAAGUCUAGGGGUGCAUAUAUCGUUUGUGAAAUCAUCGGUGCUGGACACUAAAUGGACAGACAAGCAGUUACGUUUGAUGAAAUGCGGCGGUAACAACAGCUUCAAGGAUUUCCUAAUCAAGAACGGCGGAUCAGCAUAUUUAAACAAGACUCCCCAGGAAAAGUAUUCAUCUCAGAUCGCGCAAAACUAUAAAGAGAAGCUGGAGAAAAAGGCCGAACUCGACGCCAAAAACCACCCCAAUGUGCUUGAGUGGGACGACGGAGCCACCGAGCUUGAGGCUGAGGACAGCGCCGACUCCGAUUCCAACAAUUUCUUCAGCAAAUGGGAGAAACCAUCUUCCACCCCUUCCCCACUGGGAUCCAGACCAAUCACACCAUCCAACAAACCGGCAGCCGACAAGCCUGCUCCUUCAUUACUUGGCUCCAAGCCAAGACUGGUCCAGAAAACAGGACUGGGUGCCAAGAAGAACAUCCUUGGAGGCCCUUCUGCCAAUAGAACCAAGGCCAAGCUGGGCGUUAAGAAGGUGUCGGCGGACAUUGACUUUGACGAUUUCGAGAAGAAAGCACAGCAGGAGGAAGAGCAGGCCAAAUCGUUGGGCUACGACCCCAAGGAGGUUGAGCCCGUGGCAGAAACCACAACCAGAAAACCGUCCGCUAGCACCGGCUCCCUUGCGAUGCCAAAGCCAACCACGCCGUCUACAGAGAAAGUCACGCAGUCUUUUGCGAGACUUGGUUUUGGUAUGGUGAACGCUGCCCCUGCUCCAGAAACCACCCAGAAAAAGUACAAAGACGUGGAGUACUCUGGUGAGGUGGCUGCCAGAUUUGGAAACCAAAAGGCCAUUUCCUCGGAUCAGUUUUACGGGAUUGGUUCUUACGACGAGGCAAAAGCGCAAGAGGCCAGAACGAAGCUCCAGGCGUACAAUGGAGCCACCUCAAUUUCGUCUUCCCAAUAUUACGGCGAACCUGAAGGCGCGAACCAUCAAAGAUCGACCUCGUUUGAUGGUGACGACAUCGAGCAGAAACUGACCGAGUUCGCAGAAAAGUACAUUGGAGAGGACAUUGCUGCCAUAAAAGAUGCCUUGGAGACCGGUGCCGGCAAAUUGUCAGGCUAUUUGAGAGAUGUUUUGAGAAACUAG